AAACACUCCAGAUCCAUCCGUCCAAUUCCUUUCUUCACCAAUUCCCGCGGUUGUAGAUCUGUCAGCGACAUAGAUUCCUCACUCUGUUUUCCUCGUCGCCAUGAUUGUCAAUAUCCUCAACAUCCAAGUUCUGAAUAACCCGGCAAAGUUCUCUGCUCCAUAUGAGUUCGAAAUUACUUUCGAGUGUCUGGAGCCUCUCAAGAAUGACCUCGAGUGGAAGCUUACGUACGUCGGCUCUGCCACGUCCGACGCACACGACCAAGUCCUCGACUCCCUCCUUGUCGGCCCGAUCCCCGUCGGUGUAAACAAGUUCGUCUUCACCGCCGACCCCCCGGACACCACCAAAAUCCCCGCCGCCGACGCGAUUGGUUGCACAGUUAUCCUCCUCACCUGCUCAUACGACGACCGUGAGUUCGUCCGUGUCGGUUACUACGUCAACAACGAAUACGACGUCGAAGAAUGGAAGGACCCCGAGAGCGGUAAGCGUCCAGACAAGGUGCAAUGGGACCAUGUUAUUCGUGAAAUUUUGGCGGAUAAGCCGCGAGUAACGCGAUUCAACAUCAAAUGGGAUUCUGGAGAUGAGUUGUUUGACUACCCACCAGAGCAGCCUGGUGCGGAUGAAGUCGAAGCUGAUGAGGAGACAUACGGUGCAGAUGAAGCCGCCGAAGAGGAGGCCGACGAGGAGGAGGAGGAGGAGGCUGGUGCAGAUGGCGAGGAGGGUGCUCCUGUUGCGGAAGCUGAAGUUGAGGGUGAGGAGGAUUUGGAAGAAGACGACGACGAAGGAAGUGUUGAUUUGGAUGCCGAAGAGAACGAUGACGUCCAGGAGGCAGCUGCUGAGGAUACCGACAUGACUGAGUCUACACCUGCCGAUGGUGAGGUCAGCAAAGAGAUGUCGAAGGCAUAAUGAUGUUUUGGAGGUUGAAGGUGUGGUAAACGAUAUUGCUAUAUUAGGUAGACAGCGGCGGUAGGUGAGUGGGUACAACCGUUUAGUUAUAGUAUGGAACACAAAAGACAAUAAUUGGAUUACGG